UGUGGUGGGAUUGUCCAACAAACUGUAGUACUUUUCCCUCUCCAAGGACAAUUUUACCUGCAUUAUUCUCCAUUUUAAUUGGAAGUGUUCACUUUUCUCCAAGAGACUCAGAUUUGUAUGAAAUGCAUAACAAUGUACAAAAGUAGUUCAAAUUUGCAAGGCAAAUAUCAGCCUGUUCCAGGGGUGAUGUCUCACUUUCAGAAUCAUAGUACUCCUUAGUCUAAAGCAGGAGAAUCACCACUAGCUUGAGGUCAGACUGAGCUACAUACACAGUGUUUAAGAUCAACCUGGCCAAACACUGGCUUCCAAAAGGGAAAAGAGAGGGAGAGAAGGUAUUAGUGUGACAGGUGCAAUUUCAUUCCCGUAGGUACGCAAGACAUUUUUUAAUGGUUUAAAAGAGAUGAUUGAAGGGAAUGAGGCACGACAAACAAUGCAGCCGUUGGCUCCUCCUCUUCCGUCUCUAAGGAUUACCACAGACUUGAGUAGGCCGCCUCAGGCUCUGCUGUUGCUUCUGGCUCCGCCCAUCUCCUCCAGGCUGAGCAGGAAAAAAAAAUGUGCAGCAGGGCGGGAAGUACAGUUCCCACCCCCGCCUUGAAGUUUUCAAACAGGUCCGAAACACUACUAUAAAAGUCCUGUGGUGGCGCGACAGGAGGCAUUGUGUUGCUUGUUCGGUGCGUGCAGUUCAAGUAUGUCUGGUCGUGGCAAAGGAGGCAAAGGCCUUGGGAAGGGCGGUGCUAAGCGCCACCGCAAGGUAUUGCGUGACAAUAUCCAGGGUAUUACCAAGCCCGCCAUCCGCCGUCUUGCGCGGCGCGGCGGUGUCAAGCGCAUCUCUGGCCUCAUCUACGAGGAGACGCGCGGCGUUCUGAAAGUCUUUUUGGAGAACGUAAUCCGCGACGCCGUCACCUACACGGAGCACGCCAAGCGCAAGACGGUCACCGCCAUGGACGUGGUCUACGCGCUCAAGCGCCAGGGACGCACGCUCUACGGUUUUGGCGGCUAAGUUCUUCGUUGUCUUUUACUCUCAAUCAACCCAAACGGUCCUUUUCAGGACCAACUACUUGUUUCAUUCAAAAGAGUAACGCUUGACUAGCCUGCUUGUCUCGUUAACACGAUAUGACAUUGUGUUAAAUAUCCGCUUGAGAGAGAAAGCUGGGUAUGGUAACAGCGGAUGUUGAACUUCUGCGGUGGUCCUUGGGCUUCCACAGUGGAGUUUGAAGGGACUGUCCCUCGCUGUCAGGGUAGUUUGGGUAAGGCUUUCCACUUUCUAACAACCCUGUAAAAAUUUGGAAUGUCAGAAAACUUUGAAUUUAGCGUCUGCUGGUCUGUGGCUAUCACUGUGUUGGUACUGCAUGCUGGGGUAGUUGUAUUAAGCCUAAGGUCUUAAUUCAAAACUCACUACCUUGUAAGUUUCAGGAAGAGAAAACAAGAAAUCGUAUACUCGAUUGUUUAAGCUUCCCAUAGUUUUUAUCCGUUAUUAAGAAUAUCGUUAAUGGAUUUUAGUCUGAAUUCCUGAAGUACGUGUGAUGAAAGCUGACAUUUUUGAAAAAAGUCAUCUUUUUGCGCCAGAGGAAGAUUUUCUGGCCGUUUAGUUUUAUAGCAUGUGACCAGUUUCUUCCUAGCUGCUGUGAGGAGUGAAAGUCACUGUCAGAUCUGGACUUCACCUUGUCCCUCUCCUCUUCCUAGCAGUUAAGGUAUUCCAACCACAUCAGGUACACAAGACUGAACUGGUAGGAACACGUUAUGACACUUUUUCUUUUAACCUUUGCCUGCCUCCUAUGGUGAUGCAGCAAGAACUUUGCCAGACACCAGCUGCUUGGUCUUACAAGCCUUACAUCUAUGAAAAUAGCUUUUUGUUUCAUUGUUAAUUGACCAGUCUCCAUUGUUCUAACAGCACAAAAUUGACUAAAACCCUGUCUUUAGUAUGGUAAAGGCGCAAUAGAUGUCAGUUGUUUCUUCAUCUAACCCACUUCACCCAUAAAUUCUCUUGGGUGUUUCCUACAACCAACUCUUAACAAUUUCACCAUCAUUAUUGCUAUAGCUUGUUUCUUCUCCUUGCUUCUCCUUUUUAAUCUCAAAAAUCCAUUCCCCACAGUACAGUUUAAAAGGUGCUUAUAACCCCUUUACUGUGCUAUGACUAAUCUGGGUUCAUUUUAUCACAUUGUACAACAUAUGCAGUCAAAUGUUUAACCUUCAGCUUCGUCAAUUAACCCUUUAUUUUUGUCACUGGUAUCUUAGCACACAAGUUGAAAUAUUUCUUUAGCUCAAACGCCUUUCUGUAGGAUAUAAUUUUUUUUUUUUCUGGUAUCAAUACUGACCUUUCCCUGGAACCUUUAAUUUCCUAGAUUUUUGGUUGCUUUCUGUAAGGAAUCACCUAGUCCAGAUCAUGUCAUUUGGUUUUAUUUCAUUGCUUCACAGCAUCCAGAACUCUGGUUGAAAUAUCCUGCUUAAAAUUUAUUGUUUUUCUCUCACUAGGAUAUUUUAGCCCAGGACAGCUAACUCUGUUCAUUGCUGUUUCUCACACCUGGCACAGAGGAAGCACAACAUUUUGCAAAAUCCUAAAUGGAAACUUUAACUGCUCUUCGAUUAUUUUUUAAAACUAUUUUUAGUAUUCCCUUACCUAGCUACUGCUUCUUUACCUUGAACUUUUAUCACUUUUCAGUGACAUUUCCCUCCAAUCUGUCCAGUUGCCUGCCACCAAAAACCAGCUUAUCAUCUCAGUCCUUGUUGAGAAACUUUCUUCAACUUUUUAUGGACUACAUAAUAAACCUAAUCUGGUUGUUUGGCAUAUAGACCUUUCAUGAUUUUAUAACUUCGUCUUUAACGCAAGGAAAGCCACAUACUGUGUGUGUACAGGUGCUUAUUAAGCCUAUUUUUCAGGGGAACUUUUUAGUAAGGCGAAUUUGUGGGUCUUAUCCCAGACCUAAUGAAACAGAAACACUCUGAUUGGUACUAGCAUAGUUCAACAGCCUUGCAGAUGGUUCUUGUGUGCACUGCAGUUUGAGAAUCACUCACUGUAUCCUUCUACAUAAUUCUAUGUUUGCCACUAGAAUAUGAGUGACAUGAAUAUGAGUGGCUACUGACUGUUAGCCUCCUGUAGGCUCCUUUUGUCUGUCCAGAAUGUUCUUGUAUGAGACAGUACAGGUGCCUAAUGAAAUGUCAUUACCCUUGCUUUCUAAUACACCUUUGAUUUUGCUUAACCUUUUGUUUCCUACCUUGUGCUCUAGAGGAGGUAUAGUUCCUCCCAGGCUUAGAGAUCUGAUUCUGAUACAACCCCACCAAUUCCUAGGGUUCUAUGACCCUUACUAAAGCAUGGUUUGGGCCUAGAUAUAGGGGAAGUUUUCUGGGGCCAUGAGAACCUCUAACAGUUUCCACAUGAUGAUUUAGCUGAGCUUGAAACUUGUUACUUGUUAUUCUCUCUCUCUCUCUCUCUCUCUUCUCUCUCUCUCUCUCUCUCUGUGUGUGUGUGUGUGGUGAGGAAGGGUCUCAAAUUAGAGGAAUUUUAUGUGAGAAAAAUUGCAAAGGCCCUGAGUCUAGAGGAGUCAUGGCUAAUUCUAAACCCUUGAAGACCAAAGAUUGAAGAAACAAACAAGAACAAAAAACCAAAAAGGAAGAAAAGAACGUUCUUUGGGUUGCAGACUCAGAGGAGUGCCAGAUUUUGCAGUUUGAGCCCAUACAGGCAUUUCGUAAUUUUGCACCAAGAACAGUGGGAAAUCGAAAAGGAUCUGAUUAGGGGCACAUACGUGAUCACGUGUGCUUUCACAAUGACCAUCAUGAUUCUAGAAAGGCAAGUGGGUUCUUAAUGAACUGGGAACUUCUAGUGUAACUCAUACUAAAAUAAAAGUGAGUAGGUAAACUUGAAAAACAAUUUGGUCACUAACAUAAAACCUUUUUCAAUUUUUGCUUUUACUUUACUUUGUUGAGAGAAUAAAAGGGUACAUAAACUGCUGGAAAGACUGGUUAUAAUUAUUUCUCAAGAAUCAUUUAUUCCUGGGUGAGUUUGGUAUUUUCCGUUGAGGAACCCCUAACCAAACCUUUCUUACCUCCAUUUUCCCUGAAAACCUCUACCCUUUUCCCCCAAAGACUUGCAAAACGAGUGAGAAAAUCUUCCAUUGUUUGUCUCUAGCAUCAAGUGGUCACAAGGCAU